UGGUACACUCUACAAAUUCAAAACAAAUAUGGCCCAUGAGAUGAUGUAGGCCAGCGAAAGCGAACCCAGACCCCUAAAUUUGUAUUUGACACAAACGUAACUUCUGUGGACCUUGCAUUAAACGUCCCACUGCCGAGUGAGACAUGGCGAUGCAUAUAUUAAGCCGACUUUCACAAAUCAGAACCCCGCUACUGUUCGCCGGCUGCAGGCCCAUGUCCCGUGUGGCUGCAGCCGGUGUCGGGUUCAAGCAUAUUAUUUUAACUCCUGGAAGUCUGCAGCUGGGAUGCGAUCCAGUGACAAGUCCUGUCUGCAGGCAUAUUAACACCGCGAACUUUACAACUACCACAGCAACUCGCUGGAGGCCCACCCAGGGGAUUUGUUUCCCCUCGCCGCCAGGGAAGCGAGUUAGAUCGGGCACUUUCAUUGGCAUCAGCGGACUGACAGCGUGUCUACACACUGGGACGAUGACAGCUGUGAAAGUUGACUUGAACUCCACCGAGGGCGACUGGAAGGAGAUCAAGGGAGUCCUGCUGACUCAGCCUGUGGAGGUCAGGCGUAAAUACUACAGGACUGACUCUGUACGUCUGGAGGACAUCCCAGCUUGGAUUCACACUGGAGGUUUUCCUGAAGUGAGUCACUAUCCAAGGAAUCAAAAACUUGAUGGGAAAAUCUCAGUCUACAGUGGCAAUAUCACAGUGUUGGAGGUAGAUGCCAUUGUUAAUGCAGCCAACCAGACUCUGCUCGGAGGAGGUGGAGUGGACGGAGCCAUCCACCGUGCUGCGGGGCCCCUCUUGAAGAAAGAGUGCGCCUCCCUCCACGGCUGCCAGACCGGACAAGCAAAGGUCACCGGCGGCUACGGUCUCCCUGCCAAGUAUGUGAUCCACACGGUGGGGCCGAUAGCGGAAGGCGGUGUCGGGGAAGCGGAGAAGAACGCUCUGAGGUCAUGCUACAUCAACAGCCUGCAAAAGGCGACAGAGAACGAUGCACGCUCCGUGGCCUUCCCGUGCAUCUCCACUGGAAUCUACGGCUAUCCACCCGAGCAGGCUGUGCAUGAGGCCUUGGCAAGCGUGAGGGAGUAUCUGGAAGAACACCACGACAAGCUGGACAGAAUUAUCUUCUGUGUGUUUUUGCCAAAAGACCAAGAGUUGUAUCUGCAGAAUCUCCCUCUCUACUUUCCUGUUGCCCGCUGAGUCUUAACAGCGACUUCAUUUCAGAACACACCGAAACGCCGUCGAUGAGCAAACUAUGAAAGCGACCUUUUCUUCCUCCUUUUUCUUCCUCCACUGGCCUUGAGAAAGAGGAAGAUGAUUCAUAAAUUUUAGUGUUUUUUUUUUAACCCCUCCGCAAGUAGGCAAUUUUCUUUCUGCUUUUGCUUCUCAUAUUUGAUCUUGAAAAUAGAGCAGUCACCAUGGUGGUGUUUGUCGUCAUCAAGCAUCAGCAUGCCCUCUUUUGAACCUUUGUAGAUCAAUAGUAGAUUUCAGUGUGCAUGUGUGCGCACACAAACACACACGUGCAAGCUUAUUAAAGCUAAUCACACAUA